GCUACAACAACUUGAGGAGAAGGGAAACUUGUUGCCUCUUCAAGGAAAUUUUUAAAAAGCAUUUGUUGACAGUCAAUUGGUAUUGAUUUCUACAGCAGUUACAGAGUAAAAUUACCCCUGGACACAACAAACCACUGGAUCCUACAGUAAUCAUGACAGAAGACAUUCCAGUUCCAGCCAGCAUACCUGAGUAUAAUCGGAAUGUGCCCUCUGAAAAACCUCAGCUACAGGUCAUUGAUAUUAUUGAUCAAAUAGCAAAUUCUGUUGAGAUAUUUCCAUAUGAAAGCACAGAGCCUGGCUCUCCAUUUAUACAAGGCAAUCAAGAAGAAGCCAAUCAUUUAGUAGAGAACGCAGCAUAUGAAGUUUCAGGUGAGGAGAAGGAACUUCAAGGAAAGGAAGAGGGAAACAAGGACAGAAAAUCUGGCAUCUUUUCCCAGGAAACCAGAGACUGGGGAAAAGAAUCUGGAAAAGGGCUUUGUGAAGAUAGUUCUCCGGGAAGCACCGAAGAACAUGAGGUAUCUGAGCAGGAAGAAAUGAAAGCACAGCAGCCUUGUGAGGAAAAGGCCUACUGCACUAAUGAGAUGGAGGAGGAUCAGGAAGGAGUGCAGUUGUGUGAACCUGUGGAGAAAAUUCAAGAGGAAACAUCAUCAGAAGUACAUGAGAAUGCAACAGAGGGAGAUUUGGAUGGCACAGAAGAAGGAACGCAGAAGGAAAGCAAUGGGGCGUUUCAUAAAAAAGAGGAGAACGGCAGUAAAGAAUUCCUUCCCAUGAGUCCCAGCUGUAACUCUCCGAUUGAGAAAUGUGAUGAGCAGACAAGCUCAGUGAAAAAAAAUGAUAUAUCCCGGCACAGUUAUUCUCGAUACAAUACAAUAUCUUACCGGAAGAUCCGGAAAGGGAACACUAAACAGAGAAUUGAUGAAUUUGAGUCCAUGAUGCAUUCAUAAAUAGAAGCAGAGAAUUUGAUCAGUAUGCUGCAAUCUCCCGCCCCCCGCUCCCCGGGACAGUCCUCCACUCUACCUAUAACAACAAGCUAUCAAAAUAUCCUUUGUGGCUUUAAUCCAGCUAAAUGUCGUCAUGACCAAGGCAGUAAUCCUUUGCAUCCUUUCUUGAGAGUAAACCCCACUGAGCACACUGAGACUUACUUCUAAGUAAAUAUGUAUGGAAUUGGGUGGCAUGAUGCAAUCCUAAGCACACUUACCUAGGAAUUAGUCCUACUGAAUAUAGUGGGUCUUACUUCUGAGUAAAUAUGCAUAAGAUUGGGUUGUAAAAUUCAUUGAAAUUUACAACAGAACAAGUUAAGCAUCAUGACUAAUUUCAGUUCCACUGCUUUUCAGCUUAUUUGAGCUGGACUGAGGCCAGUAUGUGUAAUUUGAAUAUAGACUUCAAACAUGUAACUUUUCAUCAUGAAGUAACAAAUAAACAGCUGGAGGAGAUACAUCAGCAGCUUGAUAUGUUUAACAUCACUUGAUUUUAAUUAUACCCCCGCUUCCCCCCACUUUUGGUACUGGAAUUGAGAGAAUAGACAGUCUUGGACUAACUGGUAAUCUUUUAAAUGCAUACAAAAUAAUCAAGACCAUUGUCUAGUCCGAUGAUUUCCUGACAAUAGACAAGAAUAGAGGGUGCGGCUACAAUAAUAAACGAGAUAACUCUUUUGCACUUGCUUUGGUCUCUGUCUUAGCGGGUUAUGUUACCAUGUAAUAUAAUAUAAACCAUCUCCAACAACCAUCUGUCAGUUUUCCCAGUGUUACUCUAUGUUGUGAUAAAACAAUUGUGUACUAACAUUUGCAUUAGCUAGUCAUGUUGGUCUUUGACUGUAGGUUUUGAAAAAUGGAGUCCAGUAGCACCUUUAAGCCAUCCGCACAAAUGUGUGGUGUAGAAGUGUGCUUCCAGUCAGAAGUGCCUCUUUUGUUAAAAACUACCAUACAAGAGGCUUUUGUCAGGACUGGGAUGUGUGGGAAAAGGGAGGUUUGCUCUUUCUCUGUUUCAAAAAUUGCCUGCCAUCUAAAGCAGCAAUUUGUUCCUGAAGUGAUUAUUUCCUCAAUUUGCCACUUUGAAGUAAAUAGCUUUAGGGCACAAAUAGUCACUUCAGGAAGGCAGUUUUCAGUGGGAAAAAUGUGCAGGAAAAAAUGAGCCUCCUCCAUGCAUUCCCUGCUCCUGCCUAGGUUCAUCCCUGUGUGGCUUUUUUUUUUAAACAAAAAGAAAGCAAUUCCAGUUGGAAGCACACAUUUAGAGUAUACCUUUUGUGUGCACAUCUAACUUGACCCUAAGAUGAAGGUAGUAAUCCCAUACACAUUUACAUGGAAGUAAGGAUCAUGUAACACCAUGAGAAUUCUGAGUAAACUAGGGAGGACAGAGCUGAUGGACUGCAAUCCUGUACACACUUCCUAGCUUGGAAUAAGUUCUGUCAAAUUCUAUGGGUCUUAUUCAGAGUAAGCAUGCCUAAGAUUUGUUGCAUUCCCAUUCACACUUUCUAGGUAGUAAAUUCCAUUGGAAUUAAUGAGACCAAUUUUUGAGUAAAUAUGCUUAAAUUGGACUGGCUUAAGUUUCAUUAGUAGCAAUUUUUUGUUUUACAGCUGCUUUCCUUACAACCACGAAGUAAUCGAAUACAGAUUAACUAAGAAGUUAUUCAGAAACAGCUCCAUUUUCUCCCCCCCAACCUUUCCCUAUAAUCUCCACCCUGCACACUCUCUCCAGGAUCCCCACUGGAACAAACUUCUAAACAAUAAAACAUAAAAGAUACUGGAUAGAAUACAACAGUUUUCUUGAGUUGUAGGUGCCAGUGUUGGAAUUGUUUGCAGUAAUUAAUAUAGCCCGUGAAACCUUAUGCCCAAUUCAUAAAAUUGGUGUUAAACAUGCUCAUGGGCUUGGUUUGUCAUUGCAUAAAUUUGUAAUCCCAAUUAGAAUUGAUUGGUCCAUUUCACAAGCAAAUAAUUAUAUAUCCGAUAUUCCCACCAAAACAAUUACACUUUGCAAUUUCAUCUGCCAAAUACUUUCAUCAUAUUUAAACCAGAAUCUGAUAUUUUCAGCAUUACAUACUUAGUAGCAACUGUUAAUUUACAACCUGAAUGUUGACACCAUGUACAUUUGUGAAUGCACUUUUAAAAUAUAUUUACUUCAACUAUUAGAAAUCCAUAGUUAAUCUACUGAGAAUAUUUUGAAAAUGCAGGGUUCCAUGUUUUGUAAAAUCUUUUUUUUUAGAAUAAACUUUUAUUUUCAAAAUGGAAAUAGAUUCUUUUCCUUCCCCUCAUCCUUAUAUUUUAGCAAAUAGGAUGAAAUACAAUUGAAAAACCUUUCAAAUCCCACUGAAUAAUAUUUCCAGCAGGUGAAAUGCAACACCUAUUGGCAAAAUGGGGUAAUUAGUAGGCUUGUGCAGUCAGAUCAGAUGACCUCUGCUGGUCUUUGUCAAAGAGACUUCCAAAAUGACAGUUGGGAAAUGCUGAGUUCUGACAUCUCUCUCAGACUCCUGCCUUGCCCCCGCUUGCUCCUCCCACUGCUUUACCUGAGGCUGACCGGGUGCAGCAGGAGGAGGCAGCUUCAUGAGGAAGGCUUCUCUUAGGCCCAGAGGGAGCACUACAGAAGCCACCUCACCUUCUUCGGGCUGUACUGUAUUUUAAAAGGCACUUUCCCCACCCUUAAAUUCUUUUUUAGGUCCUUAAGUAGCAUAAGAGUUUCUAGGAUUCAUUUCCCCCCCCCUGAGGUUGCAGCCAUAGACCAAGCGGUACAGUCCAGCUGAAGAAAAAAUUGACAUUAAGGCAAGAGGCAGUGAGAAGGAAGGUGGACUUCAAAUAAAGAUUCAGGCCUUGGGCCUUACAGGGUCUUAAAGGGGGCCUUUAUUUCUUGAGCUUUGCAAAAGAAAAACUAUGUGAAAUUUGGCCUGCUAACUGGGCAAAGAAGCACUUUUCAAAGGGUGAUUAUUAUUAAGCAAGGGGAGAGAGCAACUGUCCCUAUCCAAGUCCAGCACAGCAUCCCUCCAGGGACUAUAGUGGAUGUUUACCUUUGUGUUUCUUUUUAGACUGUGAGCCCUUUGAGGGCAGAGAACCACCUUUUCCUUAUUCCCCCUUCCCCCCACAUAAUCCAUUUUGCAAACUUUUUUUGUUGAAAAAGCAGUAUAUAAAACAUAGUAAUAAUAAUAAUUAAUAAUAAUAAUGUUCAAUGUAAUUUCCCCCUGACUUGUUUUUCAAGUGAAAAGCAGCCUCUGGGAGCUGCAGUAAGUGGUGGAGAAAAGGUAGAUGACAAGGGACAAUUCAUUCUUUCCCUACCAGAGGUUUCCUCUCUCCAAAUCUUCCCCUCUAUAAGGCUGUGCACAGUAGUGGCCUGUACAGGUGUGGGUGGGCAGUAAAUGAACCACAGGUGCUCUUGCAAAUGAGCAGCCUGCUUUCCUGAGGUCAACAUGGUGGUGAGGGAGGUGAGGCAGAAUAAGGCAGCCAGAAGAGAGUGGGAACGAGCUGCACCUGAGGCUCAUUUACUGCUCCCCGGUUUGCCUCACACCUGCCAUAUGAACAGGCUGGCCAUUGAACUUGCUGGUCUCAGGUAGUAUGUUCAAUAACCACACACGAAGCCUUUGAAAAACCUGACAUAUGGAAAGCUUCUUCUGUGCUUGAUUCCGCCACUGAAGAAAUGUGGGGGAAGUGUUGCUGGGAAAAGGGUAACAUGGACAUUGGCUUAGAACUGGAGGCUGGAUCUAUAGGGGCCUAUACUACUAAAGGGUUCCUUGAUAAUGAGUUUUGUAUUUCUGGCAGGGUCAAAUAUUGUUUUGGAAAAAAUCUGUUCAUCAUACAAGGCAAUUCUUUAUUGUCUAAAUUAAAAAAAAAGACUGUCCUGUAUUGUACAAACUAAACAGUACCCUCAUUGUACAAAUGUGAGCUGUUUGUUUGCCCUCUGGCUUGAAUAAGCCCUGACGAUAUC